AUGUCUUUCCACAAAGACUACAUGAGGCGGCACCACCUCCCUCAGAUCUAUGAGGCUCUCCUUUGUGGCAUGCUCAUUAGGUGUCCAGAAGAUCCCCUAAAAUUUUUAGAAGAAAGGAUCAAGAAGCUAAUUGAAAUUGGAUUUGAUACUACUUUAUGGGACUGCCACUCUGAUUCAUCAGCACAUCCCAAACUUAAAAGACUCUCUGAAAAUCUCUUGGAACAGCUUUUUGGCACAGAUGAUGGACAGCUGGUGACUCCUGCGUUAUACAAAAGAGCACACCAUUUUCAUACUGGGAAUGUGAAGAGACGUUUCUUUGGUGCAUGGAAAGAAUAUUUGCUGACCAAAAAAAGAGAAGAAAAACUGGAAAAUGAGAAGAUUGCACUGUCAGCCAGCCACUACAAUCAAAGGCUCUUAAGAUCAGUUGUGCUUAAAUGGAAUGCUUUUGUGAAAGGGAGAAAGCAAUGUAUUGUAGAGGCCUCCAGGAAGCUUCAGAAGGUGGUUAAACGUGAAAAGAUAUCAAAAAUCAUCAGGGUUUGGCAUAAGGAAACCCAGUGUUCAAAAAAAGCCAAAGAUCUUAAGAAACUGGAAAGGAGAGUUAUGGAAAACCAACUGAAAGAGGACGAUAGUGAAGGGAGUGAAAAGCCAGAAGUAGAAGUGGCCCCGCAGAAAGACUUGUCGUCGCCUAGAGACAGGAUGGCCCAGUUACCUGAAGCAGCGGUAAUACAGGUCUUUAAAUACCUAAAUAUAGUUGAUCUGGCAAGUUGCGCUCAAGUCAACCGAUCCUGGAUGUUGAUGACUCAAGUUAACGCAGUGUGGAGUAUCAUUGACUUUUCUUCAGUGAAGAGCAUCGUUGAAGACAAAGUGGUAGUGAACAUUUUGCGGAAGUGGCGCCCAAGCGUGGUACGUUUGAAUCUUCGGGGCUGUUCAUCCCUUCAGUGGCCUUCUUUUAAAUGCAUCGGCGAGUGUAAAAAUUUACAAGAGUUAAAUGUCUCCGAAUGCCAAGGAUUGAAUGAUGAAUCCAUGAGACUCAUUUCAGAAGGAUGUCAAGGUCUUCUGUACCUCAAUCUGGCCUACACCGACAUUACUAACGGGACGAUACGGCUACUGGCGAGGUCCUUCCCCCACCUCCAGUACCUCAGCUUGGCUUUCUGCAGGAGGUUCACCGACCACGGCUUACGGUACCUGGCGUCCGGGAGAGGAUGCUCACGGCUCAGCUACUUGGAUCUUUCUGGCUGCGUUCAGAUUACCGUCCAAGGAUUCGAAUACAUUGGAGCCAAGUGCAGGAUCAUUCAGCAUUUGACCAUCAACGAUUUGCCAACUCUGUCAGAUAGCUGUGUGAAAGCUCUAGCCGGAAACUGCCAACAGAUCACAUCUCUGAUUUUGAGCGGCACCCCGGCUCUCACAGAUGUUGCCUUUCAGGCCCUUUCAGAAUGUAAACUUGUCAAGAUAAGAGUGGAAGGGAGCAACUGGAUCACCGACGUAUGUUUCAAGAUCAUCCAGAAAUACUGGCCGAACAUCAGUCACAUCCACAUAGCCGAUUGCCAGAGGAUUACCGAUAGCAGCCUGAAGGCAAUAUCAACAUUGAAGAAACUUCGUGUGUUGAAUUUAUCAUGUUGCACCAGAAUCAGCGAUACCGGUGUGAGACAUUUUUUCGAUGGCCAUUCAAGCCCCAAGAUAAGAGAGCUGAAUUUAACUCACUGUAACCGUAUCAGUGACGCUUCCCUCUUAAAGAUCUCACAAAGGUGCCAAAAUCUAAACUACCUGAGUCUCCGUUACUGUGACCAGCUGACAGAUUCCGGGAUUGAGAGUUUAGGACACCUCUCCUCCUUGUUCUCAAUCGAUCUAUCAGGAACCACCAUCUCCGAUUCGGGUCUGGCAGCCCUCAGCCAACGCGGACAAAUCAAGCAGCUCACUGUGUCCGAAUGUAAGAACAUCACGGACCUGGGGAUUCAGAUGUUCUGUGAGAAUACAACGGCCCUGGAUUACCUGGAUGUCUCUUAUUGCCUCCAGCUGUCCUGCGAAAUGGUGAAAAACGUGGCCAUUUGUUGCCACAGGCUGACAGCUCUCAAUAUCGCCGGCUGUCCGAGGGUGACCGACAUCGGCCUACAGUUCCUGUCGGAGAAUUGCCGUUACCUGCACAGCCUGGACAUCUCCGGUUGCAUCCACCUCAGCGACAAGACCAUUAAAGCCCUGUGGAAGGGCUGCAAGGGCCUCCGGAUCCUUAAGAUGCUGUACUGCCGACACAUUUCCAAGCCACACUGCUUCUCAUUACCAUGCAAAGCCACUGAUUCACAAAUGCUUCUCUUAAGGAAUCAAGCAGCGGCUUCCAAACUUUCCAACAGGGUCCGGCAGCAGGAGUACAAUACGGAGGACCCCCCGCCGUGGCUGGGCUACGACGCCGAAGGGAACCCCCUCUUCCCCUCCACGCCGCCCAAGGCCCCGAAGCCCCCGGCUGGGCGGGGAGCCCCGUCUCACCACAGAAAGAAGAUCCCGUAAUUUCAACACACCCUCCGGAUCCCACUGCGAUCCACAAAAAUGUGACCGUCCUCGCGGCCGGGAAGGGAAUUUUCCCGGUGAUUCCCCACGA